UCGGUUUUGAUUUUUUUUAAAAUGUCGUCGAACACGCAAUGGUUUACAAAGUUUUGACAUCUGAAAAUUAGACCCCUGCAGAACUUUCUCCAUGUUUUCAAAUCUUCUGCGGCUGCUGUUCUGCUUUAUCUGUUACAGUGGAACUCCUCGUGCAGGAACUAAACUUGUACAUGUGACAGGAAAAAAGGGAGACAGCGUCAUCCUGCCGUGUGAAUUUGAGGCCAGACAGAUCUCUCAUUAUCAUUUAAGCAGUUGGUCAAAAACGAUCUAUGUUUGUCAGAAUGAAGAAUGUGAAAGUGAAAAUGGACGAGUAUUUAAACAAGGAAACUGUGACGUCGUCAUCAAGGAUCUGAGUUUCAGUGACGCAGGGAAAUAUGUUUUGAGAGUCAAUUACAAUAAUGCUCAGUCAAUGCUUGAGCGACUGACCCUGGAGUACUAUCUUCAUAUUCAGGAUGAGAUUUCUGUGAAAAUGGGUGAGGAGCUGAAGCUUGAUGAUCUGUUGAGCAAUACUAAAAAAGUUGUGCAUCAGAACAAAAUCAGCACAGAGUGGACGGAGGUCUGGAAGAGAAGAGCCGGGGUCAGGAGCGAUCAGUUGACUGUCAGAGAUGGAAACCUGACCAUUAAUGCGUUAACAGUCACUGAUGAAGGAACAUACAGAGUUCUGGACUUUGAUGAUGAAAUCUUGAUCACAGUGACAGUCACAGGAUCCGGUACAGACUCAAAGGAAAACCACACAGAUGAUGACAAAACUGAUGACACUAAACAAGUUUCUGUACUUGAUUGGAUUAUGCGUGUUGGAAUGGGUUUUUCUCUGGUUCUGAUUGGCCUGGCUCUGAUUAUAAUUAUCACCAGGAAUCACCGACUAUUACGCUACGUAGUUUAAAUUUGGUUAUAAUUAUUUCAGACAAGAUAUAAUAUAUUGCAACACACAUUAUGGAUAAUUAUAAUUUUAUAAUGCAUUAUGUAUAAAGGCUUUAAAGGGAUGCUCCACCCCAAAAUGAAUAUUUAGUCAUUAAUCACUUACCCCCAUGUCGUUCCA